AUGGCUUACGUGACCCAACAACGGCCAACACUGAUUAUCACUAAACGUCCGUACACUACGAGAGCCCGCCGAGAGGGUCCGGAGCCGGCACUGAACUCAAGUCCGGGGGGCGCAGCCAAGCCGCCGCCUCUCAACUCAUUCGAGCUGGACCGCUGUUUGGAUAGGGAGGAGUCCGGUCGUUGGGGCGAGGCGGCUCGUCGUCGCCGGCGCAGCUCCCCGCGCCGCUCGCCCCCGCCCGGGAAUGAACCUCUAUCCCUCGCCAGGGUACGCUCGCCACUCUCUCAACUGUAUCCAGAACCUUCCUUCAUCCAUCAGUACUGUUCAAUGAGUAUGUUUCAGGCGUCCGCGCCGUCGUCCCCGCUGGUGACGUCAUCCCCGUCGCCCCCCUCCCCCGCCCGCUCGCCGCUGCUGGCCCCCGACCUGCUGGCCAUGCAGCUCCUCGACCAGCACUCGCAGCUGCAGGCGCUCAUGAAGCAGAGACUGUUCCACCAGCACCACCUGCAGAAACAGACUUCACUCAUACACUGUGUGCUGUCCGUGUCUCGUGUUCGUUGUAUCACGUGUAGUAUGUAUGUCCGUGUGUUCCCUCAGCACAUGUCGUCGGAGGCGGCCAAGCGUCAGUUGAAGCAGUCCCGGCUGCAGGACCAGAUCAACCUGAACCUCCUCUCCCAGUCUCACCUCCAGCCGCCGGAGACCUCUCCCAGUCUCCAGCAGCAGCAGCUGGUCCAGCAGCUGCAGGCGGUCCAGCGUCAGUAUCUCAUGCACGCGCCCAUGUCCGUCCCGCCUAACGCUCCUCCAGGUCUGAUGCUGUGGGGCAGCGAGCUGGAGGAGCACCCUCUGUUCGGUCGCGGGGUGUGCAAGUGGCCGGGCUGUGACGCGCUGGCCGAGGACUUCCAGGCCUUCCUCAAACACCUGGAGGCGGCGCACACGCUGGACGACCGGUCGGCGGCGCAGGCGCGGGUGCAGAUGCAGGUGGUGGCGCAGCUGGAGCUGCAGCUGAGGAGGGAGCGGGACCGCCUGGCCGCCAUGAUGAGGCACCUGCACGCCGCGCGCGACAACCACAACAAGAUGCACGGUCCCCCCAGUGAGGGCGCGUCCCCCGGGCCCGUGCGGCGCCGCGUGUCUGACAAGUCCGGAGUGGCCAUCGCUGGAGGUCUUCCGUACAUGCUCGAAAGAGCCGGAUUAGACGUUCAACAAGAGAUACAGAGGAACAGGGAGUUCUACAAGACGGCUGACGUGCGGCCGCCCUUCACGUACGCGAGCCUCAUACGACAGGCUAUCAUCGAGUCUCCUGACAAGCAGCUGACACUCAACGAGAUCUACAAUUGGUUCCAGUCCACCUUCUGCUACUUCAGACGGAACGCGGCCACCUGGAAGAACGCCGUGCGCCACAACCUGUCGCUCCACAAGUGCUUCAUGCGGGUGGAGAACGUGAAGGGCGCCGUGUGGACCGUGGACGAGGUGGAGUUCUACAAGAGGAGGCCGCAGCGGGCGCACGCCGCCAUACACACCGGGUACUGCUCCACCCGACCAGCCCGCGCUACAGACCUUUUUACUGCGCACACUCUACCUCACACUCAUCAUAUCACUUGUACCGAUGCACUCCGUACCUAUGUCACCCCACUACUACACACAGAACACUUACAACUCACACACCGAUCAUGA